AAUCGGGAUUUGCCUCAGACGAAGAAGUAAGAAUCAGGAAACUACAUAAAGUGUGAGGGAGAGAGCGGAAUCGUUGGGGUCGUGAUCGUCGCCGCGGGAGAAAGGGAGGGGAAUUAUUGGGAGUCGUAAUCGUCGCCUUCUCCGCCUUCGCCGUACGUUCUCUUCCUUCCAUUCUAGCUGCCCGCCUCGCCGUCCGGCCGUUCCGAUCGCCUGAGAACAGACCAGAUGGACGAUUGCUGUGCUGUGUGCGCGGAGCCCCUGGAAUGGGUCGCCUACGGCUCCUGCGGCCACCGGGAGGUGUGCUCGACGUGCGUCGUUCGCCUGCGUUUCGUGCUCGGCGACAAGCGCUGCUGCAUCUGCAAGGUGGAAUCGUCCACCGUUUUCGUCACCAAGGCCAUGGGAGACUAUACUAGAGUGUUCAAUGAUUUUAGCAUGUUUCCUGCUGGUAACAAUGAGGGUCAAGUUGGUUCGUAUUGGUUCCACGAGGACACACAGGCAUACUUUGAUGAUCUGGAUCACUACAAGAUGAUCAAAGCUAUGUGCAGACUUUCUUGUAGUAUAUGUGAUGCACGAGGAGCGGAAGCUCAAGGGAACGAAGCUUCAAAAAGAAAGGAAAAGUUUAGAAACAUUGAUCAAUUGAAGAGACAUUUGUUUCAUAGGCACAAAACUUUCAUGUGUGACCUAUGUUUGGAAGGAAGGAAGGUUUUUAUCUGUGAGCAAAAGCUUUAUUCAAGAGCUCAGUUGAAUCAACACAUGAGUACUGGUGACUCUGAAGUAGAUGGCAGUGAAAGCGAUAGGGGUGGAUUUUCAGGUCACCCUAUGUGUGAUUUCUGCAGAAAAAGAUUUUAUGGGGAUAACGAGCUGUACUUGCAUAUGUCUACGGAACAUUAUACUUGCCAUAUAUGUCAAAGAAUGCAUCCAGGGCAGUAUGACUACUAUAAAAACUAUGAUGAUUUGGAGAUGCAUUUUCGAAGAGAGCAUUUUCUUUGUGAAGAUGAUGCAUGCCUUGAGAAGAAAUUUGUUGUGUUUGCGUCUGAGUCUGAAAUGAAGAGGCAUAAUGCUCUUGAACAUGGUGGUCGUAUGUCUCGUUCCAAGCGCAAUGCAGUACUUCAGAUACCAACUAGCUUCCGCUACCGACGAAGUAACGAACAUGACUUUCGGCGAAGAAGAGGUCGAGGAUACAUGUCUGAUCAGCAACUUCCAGUUGCUAGUGAAGCAAGCAUGGAAAUGAGAAACCUGGAAAAUGCACUUGUUCAAUCAUCUGCUGCACAGGCAGGGCCAAAUAAUAUCGAAGCAGAAGAAAGUUUAGUUAUACCGUUUGAGUUGUUGGCAACCUCAUCUGAUGUCGAAUCACAACUGGUAUCUUCCAGGUAUCUUGAGGCCCUCAACCAAAGAUCAAGGAAUGGAGCUCUUGAAGAGUCUUCCUUCCCUCCACUCCCUGCAGUGCAAGCUAAUAAUGUACAAAACCAAAAAAUGUCAACUCGGAGUUCCAUGGCUGCUCGUCUUCGCAAUAAAGGACGUGUAACCGUUCUGAACUCUGCGCAGAGAAGACCACCUAUGGUUUCUUCGGCUACUACACCAGUUCUGAGUUCUGCUCCGGCAAGGACAUCGGUGAAUCCUGGACAUGCAUCAUCUAAUUUUUCUGGUUCCUCAUGGGAAUCAAGUGGCGGUGGUAGUUCCAGCCAUUUGGUAGCCACAACAAAAAUUGCUAGAGCACCUGCAAAUUCUUCGGUGUCUCCUGUUUCACUGCAGUCUUCCAUCUCUAGCAACCAAAUGCCUCAAAGUAGUGGGCCCUUGCUUGAAGUGGAGGACAUACAAGCUGCUAACAGAUCUUUGGUGGAGAAGAUUCGUGCUGGUUUGGAUUUCAAUGUGGAGAAAUAUGCUUCGUUCAGAGAAAUAUCUGCUCAAUACCGGCAAGGUCAGAUUGAUACAAAGAGUUAUUUGACGCAUGUCCAGCAGUUUGGUUUAUCUCAUCUGGUUCUUGAACUUGCACGCCUCUGUCCUGACCCACACAAACAGAGGGAGCUUUUGGAUGUCUAUAAUGCCAGUUUGAAGAAUAAUGGGAUGCCUCAAGAAGCUGGUCAGGGGACAAAAAAACAGAGUUCAGGGUAUGGUGGUAGAUCUGUUAAGGGGAAGGCUCCAGUAAUUAAUGAGGCUGGGAACAGUAGUAACUCACAAAGUUUGUUAGCAGAUGGUUUUAUUGAAACAGUUAGGAAAUUACAGUCCUCUAUGCCACAAGAAGAGGGAGCUGAGGUGCUGACAAAAGAUGGAUAUCGAUCUUCCAAAGCAAAGGAAAAGAUUGUGCCAGUUGAAUGUCGAAUAGGGCCCAGUACCGUAAAUGAGCAGUCUAGUGUUCCUAGCAGACAAGGUGAUUCUUUCCGGGCAGAUCAACUGCGUGCUUCAGAUACUGGUGAUAAGUGGUCGUGUAGUUUAUGUACUCUGUUAAAUGAGAGUAUGAACACAAGAUGUUCUGCAUGUGGCAUGGCAAAAGGUGCAUCAACUUCAAAUUCUGGUGAUACAGGAACAAGCAAGGGAAAGCGGAAAACUUCAAAAUUUCAUAGAGUUCGACUUGGUGAUGGUUCAUCCGCAGCACUUCUUGAUCUGCGGCAGCCAGAACAUUCUCCAAGGCACCAGGCGGAGACUGUGUCUGAUAAAGGUGGUGGCAAAAACCUUCCUGUUCGUGGGGUUUGGAGGAAUGGUGGAGGACAGAGGCUGAUGGCUACGACUCUGAAACAACCGUCCAAAUGAUGUUCAGUGGCUUCAUUCUGGAAUUCAGAUGCUGACGUGCACUGAUGGCCCGUGCCAUCUUUGCCCUAGAUCUCGCUUUGGCUGCAAUCGGGGUUGCAACAAGGAAACAUGGACCAAGAGUUAAUGAUAGACGGUGAAGCGAAUGGGGCAUGGCAGAAUGGUCUGCGGUGUUUAUUUUUUGGGUCGGUUCUGCCUGUUUGUCCCCAGUAAGAGAUUCUAUUUUCUUAAGGAUUUUCUGUGAUUUCCGGUGGUUUAAUUUGGUCAUAUUUGCUACCAUUAUGAUCGGAAUUUACUGCACCGUCAAUGUUUGACUUCGGAAUAUUUAUCUUGUGAAAUAGUGGGGAGUAUGAAAAUUAAGUUGAGAAGGUGGUUGUCGAUAAGAGCGGGAUUAUUUUGGGUUUUUUUGAUAGAUAUGUACACUUUAUCUUAUUCUAAAUGAGAAUCAGAAAGGAAGUAUGACGCUCAUUGCAGCUUUCUUGGUA